AUGAGUGCGAAUAAAAUCUUUCUGCGCUAUUAUCCGCCAGGUCUGGCUUUGAAUUAUCGUUCAGCGGAUGGCAACGAGCGACUGCGACACUUUGAUUUGCUCGAUCUAAAUACCAAAACAAAUGUGGAGGCAUUGGCUGAUAGCAUUCUGCUGCAGGAAUUACAGGCUGCGGAAUCAGAACACAAUCCAAAUGAUUCUUCAGAUGAUAAGUCAGCUCCCUUGCGUCCGAGCAACUCACAGACGUCUAGUUCUCAAAACACAUUCAGUGCACUGAAGCAGGCGAUAAACAAGCUGCAGAACAAACUGCGCGAACCGGUCAAGAAAAAGUUCUAUCUGCACAAAUGCUACAACUCGCACAUCCUGCCGCUGACCAAUGUUUGCUUCGAUCGCAGUGGCGAACACUGUUUGACGGGCAGCUAUGAUCGUACCUGUCAUGUAAUUAACACCAGCGACGCGGAGGUGCAACACAUGCUCACGGGCCAUGACAAUGUGGUCUUCUCUGUGGCCUACAAUACGCCACGCUGGUAAGAAUGCGAAACAUUUCAAUUUCAUUUGCCUUUAAUAUUAAAUUGCAACCUUAGCGACAAGAUUGUGACGGGCUCUUUUGAUGGCACUGCUAAGAUCUGGUCAGCGAGCAGUGGUCAAUGCCUGAGCACCAUGUACGGACAUGCAGCUGAAGUUGUGGCUGCCGAGUUUCAUCCGUUGCACGACCAGACGGUGGCAACCGCCUCCAUCGAUGGCAAGGCACGCAUCUUUGAUGCAGAAACUGCACAGGAAUUGCAGCUACUAGCCCAUCAUGGAGCCGAGGUGAUUGUAGCGCGAUAUUCCCGCGAUGGACAACUAUUGCUGACGGGCUCGUUUGAUCACACAGCCGGCAUUUGGGAUGUGCGAACGAAGAGUUGCUGUCAUCAGUUGCGAGGACACUCAGCUGAGCUGUCGAAUUGUGUAUGGAGUUUCGGCGGCUCGUUGAUUGCCACCGGCAGUCUGGACCGCACAGCACGCAUCUGGGAUAUGCGUCGCUUGGACCAGGAGCUGCACUUGGUAUCCAACCACAGCGAUGAGGUGCUCGAUGUUAGCUUCGAUGCAGCAGGGCAAUUGCUGGCGACCUGCAGCAGCGAUUGCACUGCGCGCGUCUGGAGUCUCGAGCCUCUCGAGAUGCUCUCGUUGAUGGCCGGCCACAGUGAUGAGGUGAACAAGGUGUGCUUCAGUCCCAGCGGUUGCAUGCUGCUCACCGCCUCCGCUGACAACACAGCACGCCUCUGGCUCACCGAGACCGGACAAUGCUCUCAGGUGCUGUCGGGUCAUGAGUCCGAAGUAUUUAGUUGCGCCUACAGCUAUGCGGGCGAUGCAAUUUUGACAGCCUCUAAGGACAACACGUGUCGCGUCUGGAGGUGAUACGAUUGGUAUACGGUGCAGCUAAAUGAUUGAACGCCAAAAUGGAACGGAAAAUGCUUAUCAACUUUUGGGUUUUUUUUUUUUUUUUUUUUUUUUAUCAACAUUUACUAC